AUGGGUUGGUUCAGCUCAUCUGAAACGGAUGGAGUAAAGAAGACAUCUGGCGGUGCAUUUGAAAAGCCCAGCCGGACAAACCGCGCCAAAUGCUACGAAGCUCGCGACGCCUUCUUCGAGUGCCUGGAUCGCAACAACAUAUUGGACAGCAUCAACACCAAGGAGGGGGUAGCGGCAGCGAAGAAGGCCUGCAAUGAGCAGGAUGUGGUCUUUGAGAAGAAUUGUGCGCACAGCUGGGUUGAAUAUUUCAAGAAACAAAGGGUUGUGAAUUAUCAGAAGGAACAGACCAUCAAAAGGAUAGAAGCACAAGGAGGAGAGAUACAGGCCCCGCAAUUACCGACUCGUGGCUCUUGA